AGCAUCACAGCUCCCCAUCACUUGACCAAGAGAGACCCAGGCAGAGAGAAGAGCAGGGAUGAAAUGGCGGAAUUGCCAGCCACAGAACUAACUGACUUGGCCCAUGCCAGUGGCAGGUUCACCAUUAGCACCCUGAUCAGCACCGAGGACAGCGGCAAACCUCACUAUGGACAGCCUGCCCCUGCCACCUGCGAGGCUCCCCAUCCCAGCCACCUCACCCACAGGAGCACUUUCUACAUGAGGACCUUUGGCUACAACACAGUGGAUGUUGUGCCAACUUAUGAACAUUAUGCCAACACGAAGGCGGUGGGUGAAACCAAUAAAGUUAGGCCCACGCUGGCAGAUCUACAUUCUUUCUUGAAGUCGGACAAUAGUCAUCUCCACAACCCUGUGUACGAGCCCCAGAGAAGUAACGGCCUGAGUGACGAAACUACUGAGGAAGAUGGUGGUGAGGGUGGGGAAAAGCCUCAAAGAGAGCCUGUCCGAUUUGGAUGGGUGAAAGGGGUGAUGAUUCGAUGCAUGCUGAACAUCUGGGGUGUGAUUCUCUAUUUGCGAUUGCCCUGGAUCACUGCACAGGCAGGAAUUGCGCUCACAUGGGUGAUUAUCUUCAUGUCUGUGACUGUGACGAGCAUCACAGGCUUGUCCAUCUCUGCCAUCUCCACCAACGGCAAAGUGAAAUCAGGUGGCACCUAUUUCCUUAUCUCAAGAAGCCUCGGUCCAGAGCUGGGUGGUUCCAUCGGUCUCAUAUUUGCCUUUGCGAAUGCUGUGGCGGUGGCCAUGCACACGGUGGGCUUUGCGGAAACUGUGCGUGAUCUGCUCCAGGAACAUAACUCGCCAAUUGUAGAUCCCACGAAUGACAUCCGCAUCAUCGGGGUCAUCACAGUGACAGUGCUACUUGGGAUUUCCUUGGCUGGAAUGGAAUGGGAAGCAAAGGCACAGGUGCUGUUCUUCUUCGUCAUCGUGAUUUCCUUCGUAAAUUACGUAGUGGGGACAGUGAUUCCCGCCUCCGAGGAGAAGCAGGCAAAAGGAUUCUUCAGUUACCGAGCUGCUAUUUUUGCUCAGAACUUUGUGCCAGAUUGGCGCGGACCAGAUGGCACCUUCUUUGGUUUGUUUUCCAUUUUCUUUCCAUCAGCGACUGGCAUCUUGGCUGGAGCCAACAUUUCAGGUGAUUUGAAGGAUCCAGCUGUAGCCAUUCCCAAAGGCACUCUGAUGGCUAUAUUCUGGACUACAAUAUCCUAUCUGGCUAUUUCUGCUACAAUUGGUGCCUGUGUGGUCCGAGAUGCCUCUGGGAGCCUGAAUGACUCCAUUCCUUUUGGCUCUCUGGGCUGCGAAGGACUUGCUUGUGACUAUGGGUGGAACUUCACGGAGUGUGCUCAGAAGCAGAGCUGUAACUAUGGACUCAGCAAUUAUUACCAGAGUAUGAGCAUGGUAUCUGGAUUUGCCCCCCUGAUCACGGCUGGAAUCUUCGGGGCCACCCUCUCUUCUGCUUUGGCCUGCCUGGUCUCAGCACCCAAAGUCUUCCAGUGCCUGUGCAAGGACCAGCUCUACCCUCUGAUCGACUUCUUUGGGAAGGGCUAUGGGAAGAACAACGAGCCGAUCAGGGGUUACAUGCUGACCUACAUCAUAGCAGUGGGGUUCAUUCUUAUCGCGGAAUUGAACACUAUUGCCCCAAUCAUCUCCAACUUCUUCCUGUGCUCGUACGCACUCAUCAAUUUCAGCUGUUUCCACGCCUCCAUCACCAACUCACCAGGAUGGAGACCAUCCUUUAGGUAUUACAGCAAAUGGGCUGCGCUCUUCGGUGCCAUUAUCUCUGUCGUGAUCAUGUUUCUGUUGACCUGGUGGGCAGCCCUGAUAGCCAUUGGCAUCAUUGUCUUCUUACUGGGAUAUGUGCUCUACAAAAAGCCUGAAGUGAACUGGGGCUCGUCUGUGCAGGCAGGUUCAUACAACUUGGCCCUGAACUAUUCUGUGAGACUCAACAAAGUCAACGAGCACAUUAAGAACUACAGACCCCAGUGCCUGGUCUUAACAGGCCCUCCCAACUUCCGCCCAGCCCUGGUGGAUUUUGUGGGCACUUUCACCAAAAACCUCAGCUUGAUGAUUUGUGGGAAUGUGUUGAUAGGACCAUGCAAGCAGAAGAUGCCAGAAUCCAGGCUCACCUCCAAUGGCCACACAAAGUGGCUGACCAAGAGAAAGAUUAAAGCUUUCUAUACGGACGUGGUAGCUGAUGACUUGAGAAGCGGAGCCCAAACACUUAUGCAGGCAUCCGGUCUUGGGAAGAUGAAACCCAAUAUCCUGGUGAUCGGGUACAAGAAGAACUGGCAGACAGCUCACCCUAGGACGGUGGAGGAGUACACUGGAAUCCUGCACGAUGCGUUUGACUUCAAGUAUGGAAUAUGUUUAAUGAGAACGAAGGAAGGGCUAAAUGUUUCCAGAAUGAUCCAGGCUCACAUUAACCCGGUGUUUGACCCAGCGGAAGACUCUAAAGAGAAUGGAGCAAAUGGUGUGGUACCCACUGUGACAGGCACAUUGGAUCCCGAUGCCCUUACAGCGGAACAGCAAGCAAGCACCAUCUUCCAGACUGAACAGGGCAAGAAGACUAUUGACAUCUACUGGCUCUUUGAUGAUGGAGGUCUCACGCUCCUGAUUCCGUACCUUCUCAGCCGCAAGAAGCGGUGGGGCAAGUGCAAAACCCGGGUGUUUGUUGGUGGGCAGAUCCACAGGAUGGAUGAAGAGAGGAAGGCGAUUGUCUCUCUGUUGAGCAAGUUCCGACUUGGGUUCCAUGAGGUGCAUGUCCUUCCAGACAUUAACCAGAAACCACGCCCUGAACACAUCAAGAGAUUUGAUGACCUGAUCGCCCCCUUCAGGCUGAACGAUGGGUUUAAGGACGAGGCCGUGGUGAAUGAAAUGAGGCAUGACUGCCCCUGGAAGAUUUCUGAUGAGGAGGUUAAUAAAAACAAAGCAAAGUCACUUCGCCAAGUGAGACUGAAUGAGAUUUUGCUGGAUUACUCACGGGAUGCAGCUCUCAUAGCCAUAACCUUGCCAAUAGGCAGAAAGGGGCGAUGCCCCAGCUCCCUCUAUAUGGCCUGGCUAGAAACCCUCUCGCAAGACCUGAGACCCCCAGUUAUUCUGACCAGAGGAAACCAAGAAAAUGUUCUGACGUUUUACUGCCAAUAGAAUGUGGUUGAAUGCACGGUGGGUCGGGAUGUGACUUUUUCAGGCCAGGUUUUGGCCUUGGAAUGAACUCUUCCGGUUUUUCGGGUGCUAGUCACUGGUAAAAGCAAACUCUCCUGGUUUCAGCUGAUGGCAGCCAUUGAUAAAGGAUUACUGAUGGGAAAUGACUAACACUGGGUUAUACCAACUCUGCUCUCCCCCUCCUGAAAACUGAUCUCACUGAUCCUAGUCUUUGCAUAUCCCAGGAGCGCCUUAAUACCACCACAUGCCAAAUGUUGUAUGGGGGGAAUAAUGUGUUCCUGAGUUCUCUAAUGCAAAUUCCUGGGUGGGACCUAUUGGGCAACACAGAGGAGGCAGUAAUGGGGGGAAAGUCAGAGCUUUUAUGGGAGAUUUUCAAAGCUGCCUAAAAGAUUUGGAUGCCCAAAUGAACUGGGCUUCCAGUUCCCCAGAUAUCAUCUGGUCCAUUUAUUUCCCAUUAAUUUGCUGAAAACGACCCUGUGAUUCCAAUCAGAAUGUGACUGCUGGCUGUUAGAAGCUGGGAAAGUCAUCAAAGAUUCUAGCCCCAACUGUAUAGUAGCUGUAUGCUCCUUUGUCAGUGAAGGAAAGAGGUUGGUGAGACAAGAGAGAGGGGAUGAGGGAAAACAGGAAGAAAAAUUAAUAGGGACAGGACUUGCCUUAGAAUUUUGGGGAAGGAAAGGGAGACCCCACCGCAUUACAACCCUGCACUGCAGCAUAGAGGUUUGCGCCAAUGACCAUACAUUGCUCCAGGAUGUUCUGUUGCUGUGUCAGCACAUAUUGUGUCUCCUUUGUCCCCACAAAGGAAACUGCACUGUUAAAAAUCUGAACUGUUCCAUCUUCAUGACACUCAGUAAGUCAGGUUUGCCGACCCUUAGUAAAGCUGAGGAAACUGAGGCAGAGAAGUUAAGUGAGAAGCCCAAGGCCACAUUGUGAGUCACUAGCAGAGCUAGGAUUAGAACUCUGCACUCUGACUCCCAGCCAUUCCCUCAUUCCUGCUGGCCACACUGCCUCCCUCAUUAUUAUAGCCAUUUUACAGCUGGCGAUGCUGAGAGAGGUGAUGUGAUCUGCCAAAGGUCACACAACAGGUCAGUGGCAGACUUCGGGUCUCCUGAUCCCCAGGCCAGAUUUCUAAUCAACCUUCUUCUAAGAUACUGUCAGAGGCAGAUUUGGUUCAGAGUGAAUGCUACAGGGAAUGUGCUCACCAUAGGGUUUGACAGUGAUACUGCCAUUCUCCCUGGUCGUGUUUGUUUCAAUGACCUACCCUCACCUCAAUCAAGCAUUAGUGAGAGCACUUGUCUGCCUUCCUUAGACCCCCACAGAACCCUGGCUGGGGGUACAUGAAACACGCCGCCCUGCAGUCCUCUCUUCUAUUAAAAACGGGUGUUAAGCUCGCAAAACCCCUCGGCCUGUCGAGUGAGGGAAAGUGGCUGCCCAUGUGUGAAGCGGGGGGAAAUGAGUGGCCCGCGGGGGGAAAUGAGUGGCCCACAGUGGCAACUGAUGCUUAUUGUCUUCUACCAUUUCCUUCCGGGGUGACACCUUGGCAUCGCUGUGAGCCUUAACUCUGUCUGGUGGCAUUGCAUCACCUGGCCUGACUGUCAGCACCUCAGCCUAAGGCUGUGUGAAAUUCCCUGUUCUUGCUCCCACUGGUUCAGUUCUGCCAGCAGCAGCAUGGUGGGAGCACUGGUGAAGACAGGGGUCCAGGGGUAACCCUGCUCAGGGCAGGGCAGCGUGAUAUCAUGCUUAAAACCCUGGCAGGUGCUGAUGCCUGUCCGGAGUAGUGCUCCCAUGUUUGAAACCACCGGUGAGACUGCACCAGUGGUGGGAAUGCUACCCUAGUGUCAGCAAAGCCUAGGUCACCCUGACCUUGGCGUGGGUACCGGGCUCCGCUUUUCACAAUGGCCCAUGGAUUGUUUUCAGCCAUGUGUGACAUGGGCAGCACAAAUGGACUUCUCUCCAGUGCCGAGCCGGAGGCUGGUGUUUUUCCACCUAGAGCUGCUUCAGUAAACUCUUCCAUCAGGGAGAGAAAUCCCUCCCUCCUGGUACUUCAGAGACGUGAGUGACAGAGGCAGCCAGGGCAAUUCAUCUCGUGUCUUUGGGAUGGUGAAAGGUGCUGGGCUGACCUGGAGCAGUAGCAAUGGAAGCUUUCCACAUGCUGGGUCUUAAUUUGGACCAGCUGUCGUGGUUCUGUUUCCUUGGCUCUUUAAAUCCUUGGCCUCUCUGCUGAGAUUGUCAUCCUUAAAGACCAGUUAGAAUAUGAAACAGCCUUUUCCACCACUGCAUCAUAAAGCCAGAGAUAGGCAGGGCUUGAUCCUGCCAGGUGCUGUGUGCUCUAGGGUGACCAGAUGUCCCAAUUUUUGGAUCUUUUUCUUAUAUAGGCUCCUAUUACCCCCCACCCCGUCCUGAUUUUUCACACUUGCUGUCUGGUCACCCUAGCCAUCCAGCAAAGCACUGAAGCAUGUUAACAGGGUGACUCCCAUGCUUAAAGCUAAGCAUGUGCUUUAGUGAUAUGCUGGACCAAUGCCAGGGAGGUCAGCGCUGCAUCAAAGCACGAUGUGCUAAGUGCUAAGCAAAGUGCUAUUUGCAGCGGAUACAUCCGCUAAUGUGAGCAUAGUCAUUGAAUCCGUUGCUAAUUCUUCAGGAGAGAGGGAGGUUAGUGAGAUGCCAGAGAGGAUGGGCUGCUAUGUUCAGCUCCCAGCCUGCCUGCUCCUCCUCAAUGUCAGCCAACUAUAAUGUUGCUGGUCACGGGAUCUGUUUUCAGGCCUCCCCUCCUCUUUAAACAUCAGCCACCAGCAGGGCAGCUGGCCCCAGGCCCUAUUUUGAGGCCCCAGUGAUAAACGUCAGGUCCAGGGGUCAGGUGCAAUGUUCUCUCCAAGUGCAACUAAAAGCACAAACUGCUCACGCUCUCUACAAAUAUUCACGCCCUCCCUUUCCAAGAACCCAAUUCUCAGUAGGACUAACGGCUGCCACAGGAGUCCUGGCUGUUUAAGUUCCUGGGACUUCCCCUCAAACCACUCCGUCAUCUGGUCUUUUUUUCUGAUUGAUGAAAGGUCACAUGCACUUACCUAUAGAGUUUAUCUGUAGCAAACAAUCCUUAGAGGAUAAAAAGUCCUUUCAGCACACGAGCACAAACAAGGAGAUCUAUUUUCAAAAUACAUAGCAGAUGUACAAGCAUUUAUAUCUGGUGCAUACCGCAGAAGACUCCAGCCAACAUUAACAUGCUCCCAUCCUGUCCCUUGUACAUAUAAUGCAUUGUAGCAAUGGAGAAAUGCCAGCAGGUUUUGCAUCUGUUGUUCUGGCAGGGUCUGGUGCCACUUUGAGUUGUGUCCCCUCGUCUGUGGGGAGCUUGCUUCCAAUGAUGAGCUUGGUGAGUCUGGGGGGUUGUUUGAAGGCUAGAAGAGUGUUCUCUAGACCAGUCCUGCACCAAUAUCAACUUCCUGGACUCACGAUCAGCUUCAGCAAUGGAACAUUACAAAGAACCAUAGACAAGAAACUCAUGGAUCCCCACACCUACCUUCACAGAUCCAGUAACCACCCAAAACACACCAAGAAAUUUAUAAUCUAGAGCCAGGCAUUCAGAUAGCACAGAAUAUGCUCCGAGGAGAAAUUCCAGGAUACACACCUUAACACCACCUUCAGUGAACAAGGAUGCUCCACAAGAGAAGUAGAUCACAUCAUGGAACAGGUCACCCAAAGACCCCAAGAGAAACUACUUCAAUAUGGCC